AAAAAAUUUCCCGUCGCACUCCUCCUCGUCUUCCUCAAAGCUUCCAUUUCGAGCUACUAAAAUCUCCAUCCAAACCCGUCCCUCUCCCUCGAAAAUUUCUAGGGCUUUUCUCGCCUGGGGCUUCGAAUUCUCCGAUGGAGAUCUGAGGAAGGGUUUGAAAUGCAAGUGGUAGUUUAAGAUGUUUCACAAGAGCAAGUUCAAGUUGGCUGCACUUGUGGGUAUUGCCUUAUCAGUGGUUUCUUUGCUGGUGCACCUUCUUCUUGCCAAUUAUUCAGCUGGAGACUUUAUGCAGCAAAAGUUACGAGUGGAUGAUUUCUAUCCAAUUGGACAAAAGUUUCGUUACCGAAAAUUAUGGGGUCCUGUGAGCUCUUUGGAAACCUUGCAGCCAUAUGCUAAUACUAGAACCUUCUAUCCUGUUUUGAAAGAACAGAAUGGUUUCAUAUAUGCAAAGAUAUAUGGUGGAUUUGAUAACAUAAGAUCUGCGAUCUGUGAUCUUGUGGCCAUCACCCGGCUUUUGAAUGCCACUUUAGUCAUUCCAGAGAUCCAAGAAAGUCUUCGUUCAAAAGGCAUCAGUACCAAAUUCAACAGUUUCUCUUAUCUCUACAACGACGAGCAGUUCAUUGCCGCACUUUCUAAUGAUGUCUUUAUUGUGAAGAGCUUGCCGAAUGAUUUGAAGAAGGCUAGAAAAAAGACCAAGUUUCCGACAGUUUCGCCUCAAAAUUCAGCCCCACCAAGUUUCUAUCUCACAGAAGUGUUGCCCAAGCUUAAACGGUCAAAAGUUGUUGGAUUGAUAAUCAAUCACGGUGGAUGCCUUCAGUCUAUCCUUCCUGAAAGUAUGGCAGAGUAUCAGAGACUCAGAUGUCGUGUUGCUUUCCAUGCCCUACAGUUCCGCCCAGAAAUUCAGAUGCUUGGCAACCAAAUUGUAGAGAGGCUGCGUGCAUUUGGUCGUCCAUAUCUAGCAUAUCACCCUGGUCUCGUGAGAGACACCCUAGCAUAUCAUGGCUGUGCUGAGCUUUUCCAGGAUGUUCACACUGAACUAAUACAAUAUAGAAGGAAGCAGAUGAUCAAACGCAGAUUAGUUCAUGAAGGACUCAGUGUUGAUUCAAUGGCUCGAAAGAAAAAUGGCUCAUGUCCUCUCAUGCCUGAGGAGGUAGGGCUUCUCCUUAGGGCAAUGGGAUAUCCUCCAAAUACAAUAAUAUACUUGGCUGGAGCUGAAACAUUUGGUGGGCAAAGAAUUUUAAUUCCUCUGCGGGCCAUGUACACAAACUUGGUGGAUCGUACUUCUUUGUGCAGUAAGAAGGAGCUGUCUAGUUUGUUUGGACCAGAAUAUCCUCUUCCUUCAAAUCUGCCUCACCCCCCACCUGUGAAAAGUGAGAAACAACUUAUUGAAGAGUGGAAAAAAGCUGGGCCUCGGCCACGACCCCUUCCUCCACCUCCUGCUAGGCCUUUUUAUCAGCAUGAGAAGGAAGGUUGGUAUGGUUGGGUUGCUGAGACUGACAAAGAGCCAGACCCUUCGCCUCUGGAUUUGAGGAUGCAAGCACACAGGUUGCUCUGGGAUGCUCUUGAUUAUUAUGUUUCUGUUGAAGCUGACGCAUUCUUUCCUGGCUUCAACAAUGAUGGGAGUGGGUGGCCCGAUUUUUCAAGCUUGAUCAUGGGGCACCGAUUAUACCAAACGGCUUCUGGCAUAACAUAUCGCCCUGACAGGAAAACUCUUGUUGAGCUUCUCGAAACUAAUCGUGACAAUUUAUAUCAUCCAAAACGCAACUGGACAGUUCUGGUGAGGGAUCACCUUAACCGGAGUUUGGGUGUUGAUGGCUUGCUAACUGAGGCCCGAUUAUCUAAACCUGCAUCAUUCCUUUCUCAUCCAUUGCCAGAAUGUUCAUGCAGAACAUCCAAAUUGCCUGACAUUUCUAAUCCUGUGAAGGGCAAAAACGGUGAACUGCUAUAUGGUGGUGAGGACAGUUGCCCUGACUGGAUGGUUCAUGGCCUUGCAAUGGUUUCUGUAAGGGCCACUGGUGCAAAAGAUGAGGAAGCUGAGGAGAGCGAGUUGCCUGAAGAUGACAACGAUUUGGAGGGGGACUCUGAUAAUGGAAGCAGAAUCGAUGCAAGGCCUUCCGAACAGGAUGAAGAGAUGGAUCCCGAUGAUUAAAAUUUUAAGUAUAGAUGGACUGAAGAGCAAUUUUUACCAUGCUGGCUCCAGAAAAGGGGCACUAUUUGAAGAUUAUGUCAAGCUUCUCAAAAUAUAACAAGAGCUACAAAAGUUGCGACGAUUCUCUCUCUUUCUACGAGCAGAUCAAUAACGACAGAGACUUAACUGAAAGUGCUUGUCAGAUCUUCGGUAUACAGCCUCAACACAGAAAUUAACCUCAUCAAAAUAUUCCCCGGCCUUCCAAUGAAUCCUUCUGUCUGACUUGUAUAUCUAUCAGUGAAAAUAUCCUUGGGAAAUUAUCCUUCAUGAGUAUGGUGUUCAUGUUGCACAGGCUGAAGGUUCAUACGCUUAAACCAAUAUGAGGACAAGGCUUGUGUAUGCCAUUCAGAUCUUUGAACUCCUGACAACUAACUACAAUUUCUUUCAUUGUGUAGAAAUAAUCACAUUACUUAUUGGGGAAUUUGGAUUUUGGUUCAUCAUUUGAGUCAGUGGCCUCCUGUUGCAUUGACGAAGGAUUGAUACGAUUCAGUCUUGGGGGAGUUGGUCAAACAUUCUCUGCUCUGGAAUUUCAUUAUCUUCUGUUUUGUGAUGUUUCAUGAUGAUCUUUGAUCAAGCACUAUCUGUUACACUGUAAUACAUUGAUAUCAAUCUAAACAAAAAUAUUAUUGAUUUUAUUUGUUGAUUAA